AUGCCACCAUUCAAUUCUACAUUUGAUAAAUUAUCAUUUCCAGAACAAACUUCAAAUGGUUCACUAAAUUUUAUUUGCUCUAUCAGAAACAUUCCAAAUCGUUAUUUCAUUUUAAAAAUACGACCAAAACAUCAAAGCUAUUGGGAAGCAUAUAUUUAUCAGUAUGUGGAAGAGAAAUUACGUCUAAUCUCAGGAAUUAUUCGAAUAUAUCAUUGUCUUUCUUUCACUGAUAAAUGCUUAACUGUUCAAGAGUUUACAGCUGGAACAUUGAAAGAAUUGAUAGCAAUUCAGGAUUAUAGUAGUAUAAAAUUAAGCGAAUUCAUAAUUGCAAUAAUAAUUCUUGAUCUAAUGAAAAUUUUACGUUGCAUACAUCAAAUGAAUAUUAUUCAUGGUUGCUUUAAAAGUCAUAAUAUUUUCGUUGCUGGAAGGAUAGCAUAUAAGCCACAGCUUAAUACAUUAACUAAUGGUGCAACAUUACUUGUAAAAUUAGCUAAUUGGGAUUCUGCAAUACAAAAUACCAAUGGUAGAAAGCACAGUGGACAGUAUAUCAAUGAAAAUAACAUUGUCACGGAUGAUAAUUACGUAUGA